GCCCGACCCCGUAAAUCUAUUUGGUCGAGCCUUCUUUCUAAAAACCCUAACCCUAAUAAUAAAAGCCUCUGCCACUACCGAUCCCCUUGCAUAUCUUCUAAAAAUACAUUUACUCCGUUGGCUUUUGAGGAAAGAGGCAACCAAAGGCUGUUGCUUAACACUUAACUUCUUUCACUUCAUCCACUUCUUCCAGGUUUCCUUUUCUCUUAACUUCUUUCACUUCAUCCACUUCUUCCAGAUUGCAGCUCCAUUUUCAACUGCUCCUAGUUUUUCCAACCUUGGUGACAAUCCUAUCAGCAUCCUUUUUUCAAUUAACCCAUUUCCUUUUGAGUUCUAGUCAGACUGUUAUCUCUUAUGACAUGUUUCAACUCAGAAAUCGGUAAAGAAGAAUGAGGACAAAGCAGAAAGAAACUAAGGGAGAACUGAAACUGAAAAUAGAAUUUUAACACAAAAGCAACUAUGGCCUACGCUGCAAUGAAGCCGACCAAGCCUGGUUUGGAGGAGCCCCAAGAACAGAUACACAAGAUCAGAAUCACUCUCUCCUCCAAGAAUGUGAAAAACCUUGAGAAAGUUUGUGCUGAUCUGGUUCGUGGUGCCAAGGAUAAGAGACUGAGAGUUAAGGGACCUGUGAGGAUGCCUACCAAGGUUCUUCACAUUACAACAAGGAAGUCUCCAUGUGGUGAAGGAACAAACACAUGGGAUCGGUUUGAGCUUCGUGUUCAUAAGCGAGUUAUUGACCUCUUCAGUUCUCCUGAUGUGGUGAAGCAGAUAACAUCUAUUACCAUUGAACCUGGUGUGGAGGUGGAGGUCACCAUUGCAGAUUCUUAAAUAUGGAGUCACUUCUGCUCUGCUUAGAAUGAUUUGUAGGGUUCCUUAGCUUGUAUUUUUCCCAUACUAGUGUUGAAGUGAGUCUUCAUCUGUUUUAUGGCUCCAGGUUUUGUUUCCUUUUUGUUAUCCGAAGAUUAUGUUUGGAUUUUUUAAAUUUAUUUGAAAUCAAAAGUCAAGAAACGAGUUGUGUAGUAUUUAAGGACAUGAAAGAGACUAAUAUAAUUUUUGUUGCAUUUUUCUUUA